UCCAAUACCACCGUUCUACCGUCAGAUCUCAUGCUCAUGUUGUCUCCGCCCAACCAACUCAAAAGCAGACUCACCCCGCUCUGACACAGUCGGAUCCUAUUAUCUCAUUACUCGCCGCCUAUACUCAUUCUCAGCCAUUGACAGACGUUAUACUGAUUCUUCUAGAAAGACCAGAAAUCAUCUUCUAGAAGCUUUAAGGUCAAUGGCUGAGAAUCAGCGAUCCACUGGUACAGUAAAAUGGUUCAGUGCCCAGAAAGGCUUCGGAUUUAUAGCUCCAGAUGAAGGUGGCGAAGACCUUUUCGUCCACCAAACCUCAAUCCGAUCUGAGGGAUUCAGGACUCUCUCCGAAGGGCAACCUGUUGAAUUUGCCAUCGAUUUUGGAGAGGACGGCCGUUCGAAAGCCAUUGACGUGGAGGCCGUCCCCAGAUCCCACCGUCCAGGGACUCGCGGCGGGAGAGGCGGAGGAUUUUUCGGUGGAAGGGGCAGAGGAACUGGUUAUGGUAGAGGUGGGAGAGGAGGUCGGUUCGGUGGCGGCGGUGCGUGUUUUAAUUGUGGAAGAACGGGGCAUUUAGCCAGGGAUUGUUAUAGCGGCGGCGGCGGUGGUGGAGGUCGGGGAUAUGGCGGAGGCCGCGGCAGUGGAAGAGGAGGCAGAGGAGGAGGGUGUUAUCAUUGUGGGGAGGAAGGGCAUUUCGCCAGGGAUUGUCCGAAUUAUGAACAAAGUUGAAGCCGUUUGCUUCUUUUCUUGAGUGAGGUAGCUACGUUGGUCUUUACAUUAGAAUAAUUCUCCUAUUUGGCUUUCCUUGGUGAGUUCUUUCUGUGGUAAAACUGCAAUAAGCCAAAAGAUCUGGAAGUUCAUGUCUUAUGGAGAGAGUUCUCCAUAAAACAAAUCACAUCUUUGCAAUUAAUUAAUCAUCAAAGGUCAUUUUCUUAGAUUAAUUAUCUUUUGCUUCUAUCCUAUAACUAACUAUUUUAGUGUUAGCAUCACUCUGAUCUCAAGUUUCCAGUGGGCUGUUUUGGGUACAAGUGGACUUCAAUCUGGGGGGAGAGGAUUGUGCAUAAUUAUAUUGGCUUUCGUACGGAAGUGUAAAGUUUGAAAGUAAUUGAAUCCAGUUUUGGCAUCAAAUUUUGCUUUGCAUUGAGUGGAUGAUUAGUAUUAGCUAUCUUAUUAAGGAUGUUAUAAAAUUUCUGUGUUAUGUUUUAAGUUUUAAGUUUUUCUUCA